AUGUCACAAGUGAACAGUAGUAUCAGUAGUUCUAGUGAUCGUUUAUCGCUAAUGAAACUUCGUUUUAGUGCCGAACUUGUAAAAAUUCGGAAUGCAAGUGCUAAAAAUGGUGUUUUUUUGACUGAAGAUGACUAUAAGAAGCUGGUGUUGGAGGUCGAAGAUGCCAAGGCCAAGCCCAGAAAGGAACCUCGUCACUACUGGCUACUCAACAGGUAUGAUGUAAUGAUCGUAGAAAAUGUGCAAAAACUAAUACACCCAUUAAAACAAGGAGACAGUGUUGUAAAAUUUUAUGUCCACGAUUCAGAUUUAUUUACUGUUCUCCAUGAAGCUCAUGUAGCUAUUGGUCAUGGUGGAAGAGAUCGAAUGUUAAAAGAGCUUGAUAUUAAGUACAAAAAUGUUACACGUCAUGAUGUUGAGCUAUGUAUUAGUUUGUGUGAGCCAUGUCAGAAGAAACAAAAGGGUUCGAAAAGAGGAGUGGUAGUAAAGCCCCUGAUUUCAUCAGAAUUUAAUUCUCGUUGUCAAGUAGAUUUAAUUGAUUUCCAGUCACAGCCCGACAGGGAGUUUAAGUUCAUAAUGGUCUAUCAGGAUCAUUUGACAAAAUUUGUGAUUCUUAAGCCUCUCAAAACUAAAACCGCUGAGGAAGUAGCAUAUCACCUAGUUGAUAUUUUUACUCUCAUUGGAGCACCAAGUAUAUUGCAGUCAGACAAUGGAAGGGAGUUUGCAAACAAAAUAGUUUACAAUUUAAAAGAUUAUUGGCCUACGUUAAAAAUCGUUCAUGGCAAACCACGUCAUUCUCAAAGUCAGGGUAGUGUAGAACGUGCAAACCAAGAUAUUGAAAACAUGAUUUCGACUUGGAUGCAAGAUGAAAAAACUGACCGUUGGAGUGAGGGAUUGAGAUUUGUGCAACUUAUGAAAAAUAGAGCUUUACAUUCAGGAAUCAAAAGAACGCCCUAUGAGGAUCUCUUCGGCUGUAAAGUAAAAAUCGGUCUUACAGCAUCUUCUCUGCCUCGAGACAUUUUGGAUUCCAUUAACAGCGAAGAAGAUUUGGAAAGAGUGGUUAAUAACAUGCACACAACAGAAACAUAA